CACACACACACACACACACACACACACAUAUACAUGCAGUAUUUAUGCAAUAGGUUUUGGGAUACAGUCGGAUAUCCUGUGUGGGUGUUUUACUCUACAUCGUUUUGCAUACCUAGGCGAAAUAUAUAAACGUUUCACCAUACGCCCCCGUGCCUUGCCAUUUAAUUAGAUCCCCGGGGUGCGGAUCAGUUUGGCACCGUGUCUGCGUGCAAGCGAAACCGGCUGGGGUUUUUUGCUCCCGGAGCCCUGGCCGCGGUCCUCGCGCGAAUACACUUCUGCACCGGCGGCGCGGGAAGAAAAUCGAGCCCGCAGUCCAGCUGCUGCUGUUGGGGUGAAGUGUUCUGCACGACUCGGACAGACGACAAUCUAAGCGUUGCAGCCGCCGACAAGCAGAGUGUAAUGUUUUGGUCGAUGCGCGAGUCGCUGUGGGAAUGAGACUGCGUGGCAGGGAUUUGGAGGAUUCCACUGUCUCCUGGAUACCAAGCGUCCUGGGUGUGCAGAGCGUCAGGCUCCGCCUUCGCCUUGAUCGCCGUGACGACAGGGGGAGGGGCUUUUGGCAACUGGUUGACCUGGGAGAGGAAGCGCAGAGUGGGCAGCGGAUACGUGAUAGGACACCUCCUACUUGUUCACAAAGUCUGAUGAGUAUUCCUGCUGCUGCAUCAGUUCAAUCAGGGGGUGGAGAGAUGCAAUCACCUGGGGCCAUUAGCCCCUCCUUCCUCCCGCCCCCAAGUGGAAAAGUUCCAGGUCGCAAGAGGGGUCGCCCACCCCUGAAGAGGCACCCGGAAUAUCAGAGUCGCUACCCAGAAUCCCUCCCACCCAUUAAAGUGCCUAAGAAAAGAGGGAGGAAGCCUGGCUUUAAGCUGAAGUCUCGCUUGAUGACACCCCUGGCUAUCUCUCCUCCCAGCAGCACCCCAGAACCAGACAUGAGCUCAAUCCCCCAGGACGCUGCUACUAUCCCCCACUCAGCCACCCCACAGGUCCUCACAGUGUGUAUCUACGUGAAUAAGCAGGUGAACACGGGUCCUAACCUGGACAGGCAGAAGGUGCUGCAGCUGCCGGAUCACUUGGGUCCCGCCAGGCCCUCUGUGGUGCUGCAGCAGGCAGUACAGGGCUGCAUUGACAGCGCGUUUCAACAGAAAUCUGUCUUCACCUUGCUUACCGAGGGCUACGGAGGAGAAAAGAUCUCAGCCACCUUUGAUGGUAAACAGCAUCUGUUGAGUUUGCCAGUGGUCAACAGCGUAGGUUAUGUUCUGCGCUUCCUCAAGAAGUUGUGCCGGAGCUUGAUGUGUGAGAACCUCUUCAGUGACCAGCCCAUCGCUCCUUCAUCGUCCCCCUCCUCCUCUUCCUCAUUCCACACUGAAAAGCACUCAGACGGACAGCCCAAGUCAACAGACUCAAUGGUGGAUGAUUACCAUGGCGAUUCAAUUGACCCCAAGCGCUAUUCCGUUGACCCCAGCGACUCUGCCUUUGGAGCGAUGUCCUCACCGUACACGGCGAGUAAACCUGCAUAUGGUUUUCGUUCUGGCCCCGCCUACUCUGGAGGCGUGUGCAGGCAGGCAGCCAGCCCCAGCACAUUCCAGGAAGGAAACAGAAGUGCCUACAGCCCAUCCCCAGAGGGAGGGGAGGCGAAGCCCCCACCUAGUAAGGAUCCCUCCAGGUGGAGCGUGGAUGAGGUGGUGUGGUUUAUCAAAGAUGCAGACCCUCAGGCACUGGGCCCCCACGUGGAUCUCUUUAGAAAACAUGAGAUUGAUGGGGAUGCUCUUCUUCUCCUGAAGAGUGACAUGAUCAUGAAGUACCUGGGACUCAAACUGGGCCCGGCUCUCAAGCUCUGCUACCACAUCGACAAGCUAAAACAGAACAAGUUCUGACCGGUCUCCGCACCUUUUAAACACACACACAAACACAGAUGGAUUCACUCACAGUAUUUACUCUCACUCUCAUUUGUUAUAGUACAGGACAUUUUUGUCCCCCAUUCUUUGGUCAUUCAAGGACAAGCACCAGAACAUUUUUUUUUACUUGUGUGGUUUGUCUGCCUGUAUAUUGGGACAUUUCACUGACCAGAACAUUUCCUUGUUUUUGGAAAUUUUAAGUGUACAAGUGUUUUAUUGAUUACUUGAUAUCUGAACACUGCUCUAAUCAAAAGGCAAGUCAUCUCAGCUGCUUUCUGGGAUUUGAGUUUUUUGUCCUCAAGCGAGAGUGCAGAUGAAUUAUAUCUGUAAAUCAUUCAAAUGGACGGAGCUGUAACAAACCUAUUAGGUCACAGACAGACUUUUUUAAAAAGCUGUGGACUGUGACUAAAACCCUGUGAACUUCAGCCACCUGCUGGUGAAGUGGAGUCACUGCAACUCUGUGACACUUUACCGCCAUUGUAACCAGGAACCAUUCAGCUUUUUAUUUUUAGAGAGCUACUUUGAAGGCCUAUAACCUGGGAGAUUAGUUACUAACAGAAUUCAGCAUUGGGCUUUUGACUGAACAGAUACAGUACGCACACAGUCUUGGCAGGGUACAACUAUGAUGAACAGUUACACUUUGCAACCAGCAAAUAACAGGCACAAAUGCAACUCUAUUCAGCAAUGGACCAGUCAUGUCUUUGGAAAGCCUCCCAGCCAACCAGAGUCAGAACAAAACAGGAUACACUACAAAGAAGUUACUGCUACAAUAAAACGGUGCAUUACAAACAUAGUAAUGCACACCAGGUGCUGUUUCUCAACCAGCAAGUCAAGUUUAACUAAAAACAACUAAACUGGUAUUAUACGUCUCAUACUGUGGACCAAAUACACUGAACUUCUCAUCAGUCCCAAAAUUUCUUGUUUUUCCCUCUUUUCGGAGCAGAGGCCUCAUAUUGAAAACUGCUCUGAUACUACACAAAUGUCAGCUUGUGAUUUACUUACAAAAUAUGUAGCACUUUACAAUAAGGUUCAGUAGAUUCAAUACAUUGGGUAUCAUGAACUAACAUUUAUCUAGGUUAAUGAUAACUUCUACAUACUACUGUCCAAAAUAAAUUAAUUAUUUUAUUCAGCAAGGAUGCAUUUAAUUGAUCCAACAGUAAACUGUGACAGCAAAGACUUACAUUGUUACAAAAAAAAAUUAUAUUUCCAAAUAAAAUAAAUUAAUUAAAAUAAAUCUGAGUAACUUUAUAUUCAUCAAAGAAUCUUGAAAAAGGGUCAUUGUUUCCACAAAAAUAUUAAGCAGCACAACUGUUUUCAACAUUGAUAAUAAAAAAAAAUGUUUCUUGAGCACCAAAUCAACAUAUUAGAAUGAUCAUGUGACAGUGAAGACUGGAGUAAUGAUGCUGAAAAUUCAGCUUUGCCAUCACGGGAAUAAAUUACAUAUUAAAUGUAUUAACAUAGAAAACGGUUAUUUUAAAUUGUAAUAUUAUUUCACAAUAUUACUGUUUUUACUAUUAUAAUGCAACCUUGGUGAACAUAUCAUUAACCUAGAUGAAUUAAUGCUGUAAAAAUGUUUUUUUUAUUGUUAGUUCGUGAUACGUAAUGCAUUAACAAAUGUAAACAAAUUAAACUUUAUUGUAGCGUUGUCACAAAUUUUGUAGACAUGUUUCAACCCAUUUUUAAGUUGUGUAAAUUGUCUUGAUUUCACUAACAUUUUGACUUUGUGGAUUAGACGUGGAUUUUUCUUUCAUAAAUGUACAGUGUAUACGUGAACGCAAGCUGAGGUACUUUAGAGGUACUUCUCUGAUCUUAUGUUAUUUCAACAGCUACAUUUUAGCUUUGUUUCAAACAAUCACUACAGUUUGCUUUCAUGUGUGAAAAAUGUGGAAAGAGUAAUUUUAGUCUCCUGAAGCAUUUCAGGAAAUUAUUUUAUUAUCUUUUUUUAUUAUUGUUAUUUUCCUUUUUUCCUAUUUUAAUUUUUUGCACAAAUGGCAUUCAGAAUUACUGUAUUGCUUUUCAGGUGAACUUAAAGGGAUAGUUCAUCAAAAAUGAACCAUUUAUUUACCCUCAUGCUGUUCCAAACAUGUUCCAAUGAAAGUCAGUUCUGUUCCACACAAGAAUUUGGAACAACAUGAGGGUGAGUAAACAAUGACAGAAUUUCCAUUUUUGGAUGAACCAUCCCUUUAAGUCUGCCCUGAUGAUGUCAUACAUCUCCCAAAGUGGAUUACACCCAAGUGUACAACAUUUCUGUAUCCGCAAUCAUGUGUAAAUAUGAUAAUUUAUGUCGUAGUCACAGAUGAAAUCUACAAUUUCAUAAGUUAAAGAGCAAAUUACGUAAAACAGUUUAGAUUCAAUCAUCUGAUGAACACAUAGAGCUUUAACAUGUAAUCAGCUACCAGCUUUGCUGUGCUAGACUUCAUUGUUGUACGAUCUGCCUCUUAAAGCAACUGCUAUGCUAACUUGAGCAUCUGUACAGAAUCAUUGUCUAUAAUUUUACAUCAGGGAGGCUGUUUGAGUGUUCUGUUUUUUCCUUUUAAUCUUUUUUUUUUCAUGUAGCACUAGUUGUUCUGGGUAAUAGCUUUCUCAAUGAAAAAUGUGUAAGAGGAGAAUCAUAAAAAAUGUUGGCACCAGAAAGUAAUAAAGGGAAUUAAUCAGUGAGCUCUUAAAUCUGGUGCUACAUUAAGAGGUCAGGGUUCUUUAUAAGUGAAUCUACUGAUUUGACAACUAGAGUAUUCAAUUUUUUCAUGAACCGUCUCUUGAUUGGUUGGAAAAAGUAUAAACAAAAGGGUUUGGGCUUUAGUCAUGUGAUGUUUUUAACACAGAGACCCAAGAUUAUAGAAAUAUAUUACCCUUGUCUGAUGUUCAAACUCUCGUAUUAGCUUUAAAAGCAGACAGUUUUCUUGAUUUCCACGCAUGUACUCAAACAGUGGGAAUAUCUUGUUAGUUUUAAAAGCCCUUUAACUGAGUAAUAGCAGCACUGAGCUUUUAAACAUGUUUGCAAGCACUCUUUUCUAUGGCUGCACUUAACUAAAUCCUACUUCAUGUAGGAAGCUUUGACACUUUCAUAACAAUCUUUAAUAAUGUUUUGGACUGUUUAUGACCUCACACAGAUAUUCUGCUGACAUUGACAGGCUCCGAUGUUCCUGGCUAGAUAUUACCAAUGUUUGUGUCAGGGAUAUGAGUGAGCUUUUAGGGAUAAUCUAUUCUUCAGUUCAGUUUUGGAUUGUUUUGUGUGCGUUCAUAUGUCAGGUUUGCGUUUGCCUCCGCACCAUGUCAUUCCUUGUCAUUUUUGAUAUAAUGGAAAAUGUAAGUGUACAUUUAUGAAUGCUGCUCUUGAUGAUAGUCCCAUGUAAGACUGUUUAAAUUUGUCAGCUCACAAAAUAGUUUUAAUGGAAAAAGGGGGACUUCAACACGGACCAUUCAUGUUGGUGCUAUAAUAUGACUGUGUAUUUAACGAAUAAUGAUUUUAUGCAUACGAUUUUAUGGUUGGUUUGCUUUAUUUCUUCAGAUAGGCUUCAGUGUUGUGAACUCUCGUGACUGACGACAGGCUCUGCAUCGCGUGUCUGUUUGUGAGGUUAAUAUAGAGCAUUAUGAAAGAGUCAGAAUAAAGCAUUAUGAACACCCUAUAGUGAACUCUAUGUAUUUGUAAAUCUUUAUGUGGCUAUAGAGUGGUGCAGGGAUGAUUUUUUUAAAUGGGCUUUUGAAUUAUCACAAAAAAUAAGAUCUGUAGUCAGCCAAAGUUUGAUACUUGCGUUUUGUCUAUUAAGAUAAUUUGCACAAAUGAACACAAAUUUUAUGAAUUUUGAUGCCUAAAUACAAUAGCUUCCGACAAUUCUUUCAGUCUUUAUUAAAAAACAUUUUCCUUGAAAGUGUGAGCUAUACUAGUUUGCAAGAGCACGGUUAUAAACACAACAGGGCUGUGAAAGUGGACUAGUGUGUAGAUGAUAGUGCGUAUGAUGUUUACCUGUUCGGCUGAUGAGAUUUAAUGUCCCGACAACCUCUGUAGUCCCAUUUAUCAACUUGUUAGCCAUCGCCUUUUUUAAGACACGUAAAUCACGAGUGGGGUAUUACUUGUGUGUGUUUUUUUUUUUUUUUUUUUGUACAAUAAAAUGUGAAAAAAAUCUUGAAAAAAAAUUAAGGCUUUUAACCAAAAUCACUGACUUUUUGUGGGUUUUGGCCUAUAAAAUACAUCAUCCCUGCAGCAUCUAUAUGGCUAAACUCUUAAAGGGUCCACAUAGGGCUUUUCACAACAGUGCCACAGAAGAACCAUUUUGGUUUCCCUCAAAGAUCCUUCCAUUGAACAGAUCUUAAAAUAUUUUUUUCUUUGUGUGAAGAACAUUUUAAUAAUCUAGAAUCUUUUCCACUAUAAAGAACCUUUUGUGCAAUGGAAAGGUUCCAGGGAUAUUAAAUGGGACCUAUAAUGCCCCUUUUACAAGAUGUAAUAUAAGUCUCUGGUGUCCCCAGAACGUGUCUGUGAAGUUUCAGCUCAAAAUACCCCACAGAUCAUUUAUUAUAGCUUGUCAAAUUUGCCCCUAUUUGGGUGUGAGCAAAAACACGCCGUUUUUGUGUGUCUCUUUAAAUGAAAAUGAGCUGCUGCUCCGUCCGCUUUCCAGAAGAGGGCGGAGCUUUAACAGCUUGCGCUUUGGUUGCUCAACAACAACAAAGCUGGAGAAUCUCACGCAGCCAAAAUGACGAUUGUCAGUAACGGUGUUCAGCCUACAUUGUUCAAACCGGAAUCGGACACUGAUGGAGAGAUUCAGGAAGAAGUUACAACUUUUAGAAUGCAUCUGGAUGUUUCUGAAUGGUUAGUGGAUACAUUUAUGUAGUUGCUGUGGAGUUUCAACUCAUCGACUAGCAUGUCAUGUUAAUCUUUUGUGCAAAUCCAGCUUUGAAUUGAGCCUCGUUUGUGAAGCAGUCCGGGGUAAAAUGAUGGCAUGGCCUCACCCCCUUUGUUGUGUGUUCUCAGGGGUAGGGUUUAUGUAAAUUUUAGGGAAAAAGUGAUGUCACUAACCCGGGAUGAAGCCCAUUGUAGUCCCUACCAGCCGUUUGUUGUAGUCCUUACACAGAGAAUUCUUUAAAAGAAAAUUUCUCCCUUUGCAUUGAACUUUGAGCGUUGUAAAUUUGCAGAUGUUGUUUAUGCUCUAACAGCAACAUUAAACACACACUAAGGUUAAAAAAGUGAAAUCAUAAUCAACCACCACUUUAAAGGUUCUUCAUGGAACCACAGAUGCCAUGAUACACAGAUACAACCACAGAUGUGUAUUGCUGUUUGUAUUUCCUGUAUCCCUGGCGCUGCUCUUGUGCAGAUAGACAAGCCAGAACAUACAUACAAAUGCUGCUCAAUGUUCAAGGCCAUUCUUAAACUGAAUAAAGUCUUUUCUGGACUUGA